UCCCCACACCCACGGGGGAGGGGAGGCUGCAGGAGCGAAAAGCCUGGGGUUUCUGCAGGGCAGACGGAUUAUGUAACUUGUCCUGAAAGAAUGAAUGAGCUGCAUUUCCUCCACCACCCCCUCCCCAGCUCCCCAACCAGCCUGAUUGACAGCAGCCUCCCCUCAGUCUAUAUAAAGGGCAGGCCGGAGGGACGAUUCCGCCAGUACACGCUGUUGAACACACAGCAGCAGCAACAGCAGUAGCUCAGGCUGUCCCAGCAUUGUCCGGAUAGCAAGACUUUUCCCCAUCCCCUUCUCCCACCUUCCCUUCCCUCUCCCCCAAACCAGUGACUGGGCUACAACUGGAGAGAGAGAGAGACGGGACAAAGUUGCUGCUGAGCUCCGACGCAAGGCGGGCAAUCCGGAGUGGUGUGGGACGUUGUGAAAGGGGGGGACUCGGAUUGAGACUGCUUUGUGAAGGUGCCCUGUCCUCCUGCUGGCCAGCCUGAUGUUACUGAGCAAUGGGAUGCUGGCCUUGCUGCCUGUCCUGUUGGCACUGGGGGUCAGGAGUCAGCCCCUGGCUGUUCCUCGGGAUGAGAAAGCUGUCUUUGACCUGUUCGCCAUCAGCAAUGUGAACAGACAGACUCCGGGAGUGAAGCUGUUCCGAGGCCCCGACCCCCGCAAACCGGCUUUCCGCUUCUCCCGGUUCGACAAGAUCCCGGCUGCCUCUGGGGACCAGCUUCAGGCCCUGCUCCGCCUCAUGAACUACCAUGAGGGCUUCAUCCUGACGGCCACUCUGAGACAGGACAGGAAGACCCGGGGCACCUUGCUGCUUAUCCAGGGCCCGGGCUACAAACGCCAGCUGCAGAUCGUCUCUAACGGCGUGGACAACAGCCUGGACUUGCAGUACUCGGUGGAGAACACACAGAACCUGGCCUCCUUCCACCAUGUGGACAUUGCUGACUCCCAGUGGAAGAACAUCACUGUCCAUGUGAAUGGAGAGAAUGCCAACCUGUAUGUGGACUGUGAGCUAGCGGACAGCUUCAUCCUAGACGACCCCAUUUAUGAGCAACUUAGUGCCACCAACGGCAAACUCUACGUGGCUAAAGGACUAACACCAGGCAGCAACUUCAGGGGCUACUUGCAGAACAUGCACCUAAUAUUUGGCUCAUCGAUAGUGGAUAUUCUCCAGAGUAAUGGCUGUCUGCAGAUAGCUGAGGCAGCGAGUAGCAAAGAAAACCAAGAAUUUGCCGGAGUCAGCCCCGCCAUCAAGAGCGAUUUCAUCGGGCACAAAACCAACAAAGUUGUGGAUUUCUGCGACCACUCCUGCAGUGACAUCGGAAACAUGUUCAAGGAGCUGAACGGACUGAGGGUCCUUGUCAGCAACCUGGCGGACGGACUGGUCAAAGUGACCGAGGAAAAUGUAAUCAUUCGUGAUAUUCUCGAUGACACUUUGAAGAACGUGCGACCAGGACAGUGCUGGCACAGUGGGCGUCUCUUUGACAAUGAGGAAGAGUGGACAGUGGACAGCUGUACCAAAUGUACCUGUCAGGACUUCAGCAUCAUCUGCCGGAGGAUCACGUGCCCGCCAGUGUCCUGUGCCAAUCCGUCUUUCAUUGAAGGAGAGUGUUGCCCUUCCUGUCUCCUUAAGGACAGUGAAGACGGAUGGUCACCUUGGUCAGAGUGGACGGAAUGUUCUGUCUCCUGUGGCACUGGGACCCAGCAACGGGGACGGUCAUGUGAUCCCACCAGCAGCCGCUGUGAGGGCCCCUCCAUCCAGACAAAAUCCUGCCAGUCAGUGGAAUGUGACAAUCGGAUUCGUCAGGAUGGUGGUUGGAGCCACUGGUCUCCCUGGUCACCGUGUUCAGUCACCUGUGAUGAAGGCAUUACCACCCGCAUCCGACUCUGUAACUCACCGGUACCACAGCUGGAUGGCCAGGAUUGUCAGGGGAACGGACGGGAGACAAAACAAUGCAUAAAAGCUCCAUGCCCCAUUGACGGUAACUGGAGCCCCUGGUCCCCAUGGUCUGUCUGCACAGCCACGUGUGGCGGGGGAUUGCAUGAGCGCAAACGCACCUGCAAUAAUCCAGUGCCCAAGUACGGAGGCAAGAAGUGCCUGGGAGAUGCCAAGGACAGUAAAAUAUGUAACAACAACGUCUGCCCAAUUGACGGGUGCCUCUCCAAUCCAUGCUUUGCUGGGGUGGAGUGCAGCAGUUCCCCAGAUGGCUCUUGGGAUUGUGGGCCAUGUCCUCCUGGUUACCGGGGCAACGGGACAUUCUGCGAGGACAUCAAUGAGUGUGAUGAAGUCUCUGAUGUUUGCCACCAAGUGAAUGGAGUUCAGCGAUGUGUCAAUACGGAGCCCGGGUUUCACUGUCUGCCCUGCCCACCGCGUUACCGAGGGAACCAACCCUUCGGCUUGGGAAUCGAAGUGGCCAAGACCAACAAGCAAGUCUGUGAGCCCCAUAACCCGUGUAAGGAUAAGUCCCAUAACUGCCACAAAUAUGCCAGGUGUAUCUACCUGGGUCUUUUCAGUGACCCCCUGUACAAGUGCAGCUGUCGGAUCGGGUAUGCUGGGGAUGGCAUUGUUUGUGGAGAAGAUUCUGACUUGGAUGGCUGGCCCAAUGAGGAGCUGGCUUGCACAGCCAAUGCUACGUACCACUGUAAGAAGGAUAACUGCCCUCACCUGCCCAACUCUGGACAAGAGGACUUUGACAGGGAUGGAGUGGGUGAUGCUUGCGACAAAGAUGACGAUAACGAUGGCAGAAAUGACGAGAGGGACAAUUGCCCUCUCCUCUAUAACCCACAGCAGUUUGAUUAUGAUAAGGACGAUGUGGGUGAUCGUUGUGACAAUUGUCCUUACGACCACAACCCAGCGCAGAUCGACACUGACGGGGAUGGGGAAGGUGAUGCCUGUUCAGUUGACAUUGACGGAGACGAUAUCCUGAAUGAGAAUGACAACUGCCCUUCUGUUUACAACACUGAUCAGAGGGACACUGAUCAGGAUGGGGUUGGAGACAUGUGUGAUAAUUGUCCGCUUAUGCAUAACCCCGACCAGGAAGACUCUGAUUCUGACCUGGUGGGUGACCAGUGUGAUGACAAUCAGGAUAUCGAUGAAGAUGGGCACCAGAACAACCUGGACAACUGCCCAUACGUCGCCAAUUCCAACCAGGCCGACCACGACAAGGAUGGUCAAGGAGAUGCCUGUGACCCUGACGAUGACAAUGAUGGCAUCCCUGAUGGGAGGGACAACUGCCGCCUUGUCCCCAACCCUGACCAACUCGAUGCUGAUGGUGAUGGCAGAGGAGACGCGUGUAAGGAUGACUUCGACAACGACAACAUCCCAGACAUUUUUGACGUGUGUCCUGAGAACAAUGCCAUUAGCCAGACCGACCUGAGGAAGUUCCAGAUGGUUCACCUUGACCCGAAGGGGACAACACAGAUCGAUCCGAACUGGGUGGUGCGUAACCAGGGCAAGGAGCUGCUGCAGACAGCCAACUCUGAUCCUGGCCUAGCCGUUGGUUUCGAUGAGUUCAACGCUAUCGACUUCAGUGGCACCUUCUACGUCAACACGGACCGUGAUGAUGACUACGCUGGGUUUGUGUUCGGUUACCAGUCCAGCAGCCGCUUCUACGUGGUGAUGUGGAAGCAGGUCACCCAGACCUACUGGGAAGAGAAGCCGUCCCGAGCUCACGGUUAUGCUGGAGUCUCCCUGAAGGUGGUGAACUCCACCACUGGCCGUGGAGAGCACCUGCGGAAUGCCCUGUGGCAUACCGGCAACACCCCUGGACAGGUUCGAACAUUAUGGCAUGAUCCCAAGAACAUCGGCUGGAAGGAUUAUACUGCCUACAGGUGGCAUUUGAUUCACCGACCCAAAACAGGCUUCAUCAGAGUGGUGGUGUAUGAAGGAAAACAAAUCAUGGCUGACUCUGGCCCAAUCUACGACAAGACAUUAGCUGGCGGACGACUAGGGCUGUUUGUCUUCUCCCAAGAGGCCCUCUACUUCUCUGACCUCAAAUACGAGUGUCGAGAUAACUGAGCACCCGCUGGCGGCACACGCGAUGGAAUCCCUGGAUGUUCCUGUGCUGCCCCGUCACCUCAACUGGACUGGGAGUCCCGACUUUCCGCCCACCCCUCCUUCCGUCCCCGUCCCCGCCCCCUCCAUUGUCGUUCUGAGUGUAACCUUCGACCUGUGGCCCCUCCACACUGUUCCCCGACCCCGUUCCCCUUCCCUCACACACAACUCCAUUCACCUUCAGCCAACUGUGGUGACUGUUCCCUCCCGCUCUGUGCACCAGCUCCCUCUGAACGGCCUGGCAGGAAUGCGGCAAACCUAGAUGUUCCCGACAGGAAGCCGACUGUAUCUCCGACACGUCUCGCAACUGUCACUAUACCUAGUUAGAGGGAUUACUGAUCAUUUAACAAACGUAUCGUACUGCAAUUUAAGCCUGCCGUUACUAUUUUCUGAUAAGGCUGUUGUCAAGGAGACUCGGACUGUUACUUUCUUUAACAAAAAAAAAUGAGAGAAAGAAGGAAGUCUGAUUUAACAAUGUUUAAAAAUGACAUCUUCUGGGAAACAAGAAUGAAUUACAAAAAAAAGUUUUCAAAACACUUUGUUUACAACUUUUUCUAGCACAUUUCAUUGUCUGUAUGUAAAAGCUUUCAGCCAUUCGGUAUUACACGAGGCACAGCUAUUGCAGUCAUAACAUACAAAUCCUAUAGACAUUCUCUCUCUUAUGUAACACUGAAUUGAUUUAACUGACAUGCUCAGCUGAGUGAAAGCUAUUCUGGGCGGGUGCUUCAUAGACAAAGCAAGCCGCAACCAAUAAUAUAUCGGCUUCAUCUGAAUAUAUGUGGAUGUGCAUCUAUGUAUAUUCUAUAUAUCACAUAUCAUUUUUGUUUUAUUGUACACACAUUGCAGUCUUUCAAUGUUAGUGACAGCUAUUAACACUUCUUCUGACAUGAAAAGCAACCCCUUCCUCCUUGUAACCUUUCUGCAUCUCCCCUCCCCUCCUUUCUCCCAACCUCCCCACCAACCCUUCCCCAUCCCAUUUUACCCAACACACCAACACCCCCCCCCCCCACCGCACCUCAGAAUCGUUGGACAAGGAACGUCAAGUGGUUCCACAGACCAUCACACAAAACACGACCACCUUUCAAAGGAAGAGAAAACAGUUUGCAGAGGGUGAGGGGGCAAAAGAUGUGAAUAUUUAGAUUGUAUCAUAUUUUCCUAUUUAAUUUAUUUAUGAUUUUAUUUUCUCUCUCUCUCUCCCCCCUUUCUUUAAAAAAAAAUUGUUUGUGGGAAGCAGUGAAUUUUGCCAAAGAUUGUAAAUAAUUUAUUUAUUUGUUUACACUGAAGCAAUAUCGAAAUUUGAAAAAAAGAAUCUUGGCCGGCAAACCCUAAUCUAUAUUUUUUUGAUUAAUAUUAGGCAAAUAAACUAUCGAAAAGGCUGAACCAGUGUUCUGUGAGUUAAAACAAUUUGUGUUAAUACACAGUAUUUGUUAGUCAAAUUUGCUCUACCUUGGGUAUCCGUUUAAAUCGUAAAAUAAAAAUAAACUCUGGUAUUCUGCAAAGCAGGCGAGACCAAGGCCUAUACUUAGGCCUGGUGUUUACCUUGGAUACUGUGCAGGCCUCUCAUGACACAAUUGGCCUCUCUAUUAAUCUGCUCUGUCCCUGAAGCGAGUGGUACUAACUGAACUUGGCAGUUCUGACUUAAUAUUCACUCAAGCAACAGGCCCUUCCCCAAAACCCGUGCCUGACCUCUUCCUGGCAAAUUCAAACUGGGCAAGCCUGCCAGUAAUAAACGGGCACUUUCUGACCAGGCAUCGCAAACCGUGCCCUACAACGAUCGCAGGGUUGGUUUCGCCAACUAUUGCUGGCACCAGGCAACUCCCACAUUUUCCAUUGCUCCAUUCUAGUGGUAUUUACCUCAAACACUGCACAAUGAGUGUACGGCGAUAUUCCACCCCCCUCUGAGAGCAUCAGGAUAACCGUGUGUUGUUUGAUCCAAAAUCUUGCCACAUCAGUGCAUGCCUUCACAUUGUAAAGCAGUUGAGUACUGCAGGAUUCGUUUUCUUUCAUCAGAUUUUGACACUUGUUCAUUGUGUUUUUUUUUUCUUUGGAAGUAUAUAAAUAUAUGCAUAAACGCGCACACAAGUUUAGCACAUUAACUGUACAUAGCUAAGGGUGCAGUUUGUUAAUGAAGCAUUUAAUAAAAAUACUCAGCUUUA